UUAUUCCAUACGCUCAAUCAAAACCCGGCCGCACAAGUACAACGAAAACUCAUUAUUUCUUCUUCCUCUGCUGUUUAUUAUAUUCAGAGUCUACCCAACAAGGUCUUCUUGUUUGGGUGUUCUAUUGCGGCUCGAUCUGUCUACAGUGCUAUGCGUCAAAUCCUUCACAAAUCGGCUUAACGUAGUUAAAAAAAACCUCAUACUCGGGAAAAUCACAGGAAAGCAAUUUGUGGGUAUGUUUUUUUUUAGGGUUUUGAAAUUCAGAAAUGCCCCGGUUUUGACUUGAAAUGGUGCCCCGAAAUGUAAUGCAAUCAGCCUGAAAAAUACCUGGAAAAUGUGGUUUUGAAUAUUUGAAUUGGGAGCGCGGAAUUAUAGUUGCGCUCUAUUUUGCUGUUAUGUUCUAUUUUCUGGCUGUGCAGCAGUGAGUGUUGAGUUAGGUUUUUUGCAGAGGGAGUUUUUGUGGCCCCAGUGAAGGGAAACUAGGGUUUCUGAUGGAGUGUAGAUUCAGAUUUCGGUAAUUCAAAAGCGGACAUAAAUCCAAGAGCAACUUCGAACAUUUUUGGAAGGCAUUUCCAAGGUUCCAACUGCGGCGUCGUUGAUUUGAUGGCGUUGGAGGUUUUUGGCUCUUAUCUCUAAUUUUUUGUUGUCAAGAUCGAAAAGAAAGCUUUGUUUCACGGAAAAUGAACUGGACAGUGCGUUAAAGAGUUGCAGUUUUUAUGCUAGGGUUUUGGUUUCGUGGGCAGUUUUUCUUCAUUUAGGUAAGACAGGGAAGAAUACAGGGAAAUGAUUGGAGCGUUGCAGAACAGGUGAUUGGAAUAGGGCGUUUAGGGUUUUGUGAACGUAUAAAUGACAAAAAAGGAGAGCCCACUGAGGUUUUGUGAAGCUCUGCUAAUUUGCUAUUGAAGUUUUAUUUUUUCUGAAUUUAUCGAUGGCUGCCUCCGGUAAUAGAUCAGAGGAGGCGGAAUCCAUGUUUCGGCUUAUUUCUGCGGCCCCAAGGCCAAGGGAAUUGACAGGUGCUAUAGAUUUGAUAAAUCAGUUUGGAUUAAGGGCACACCAUGAGUAUUUCUGCAAGAAGCCCUUACCAGCAUCAAUUGCUGAAACUCCAUAUCUAAAUAAUGUGGUUGGUGAGACUGAAAUCAGAAAAGGGGAAGGCAUGGAAUUAGAACAACUUAUUCAGGAGCCUCCAGUCAUGGAUAUUGGUUUUCGUAUCCAUCCUUUUGAUUUAGAAACACUAAGGCAAGCUUUGGAGUUAAGAGAAAACGGAUCCAUACAGUUGUCGGAGGCAGACAGAGGGCUACUGACAAUUAGCGGCAAGGUCAAAAGUGAGCACAGGGAUAAGGAAAAGAAGCAUAAGAAGCACAAGGACAAGGAAAAGGACAAAGAUAGAGAGCACAAGAAGCACACACACCGGCAUAAGGAUAAGGAUAAAGAAAAAGACAAGGACAAAAAGAAGGACAAAAGUGGCAGUCAUGAAAAUGGAGAUGAUAAGUCAAAAAAGCAUCACAAAAAGAAAAGAAAACAUGAUGGCAACGAAGAGGAAGGUGAUUCUCACAAGCAUAAGAAAAGAAAGCAUAAAAACUCUAAGGGGGAAGAUGCAGGCCUUACAAAAAAUGGGAAUUGAUUAGUAAAUGUAAAAAUCUUUGAGUAUGUGUCAAUAGUUUGAUGGAGGAUUAGACAUUAUCAACACUUUGAACAAGAGCCUUCUAGGUUCUCCAGCAAAAUGAGAAAAAGGAAUUCGGCACAUGGUAGCUUCUUCAGGAGACCAGACUUGCUCGGACACUUGUAUUUUAAAGGAAGGAAGCCAAAUCCAGUCAUGCUUUUUAUUAACUGUUUACCCUUGUCAAGUUCCAAGCCAAUUUUUCUGUUGACAUUGGGAAAACGUUAUUCUUUUUAACCCACAAUUAAUCUAAAAUUUAUAAUGCCAUAUGAUCAUCUGGUUUCACUU